GUUCACAUAGAUUUAAAAGUGCACUGUCAUGUUGAAAUAGACAGUAGCUGGUAAAUCACGGGUGGAAUUCAGGGUGAUCAGUGUAGAACAUUAGUGAGUUAGUGAGCCUGUUGCUGUGUUGGAUCUCCCUCUCUUACUUCUCCUCAUCAUCAUCACCAUGAUUAUAAGCAUCGCUCUGAUCUGGGCAGUAGUGGUGGGAUUCUGCUGCCUUCUGUGGCUUGCUGUGGGGAUACGACGCAGGCACACUGGUGAGCCUGCAGUUGAGAAUGGCUUCAUCCCCUAUCUGGGUUGUGCUCUGCAGUUUGGGGCCAACCCUCUCCUGUUCCUCCGUAGCCGGCAGAAGAAGUAUGGGCAUAUUUUCACCUGUAAGAUCGCAGGCCAGUACAUCCACUUCCUGUGUGACCCCUUCUCUUACCAUUCAGUCAUCAGACAGGGGAGACACUUGGAUUGGAGGAAGUUCCACUUUGCGACCUCAGUCAAGGCAUUCGGCCAUGACAGCUUUGACCCUCGCCAUGGCCACACCACAGAGAACCUCCACCAAACAUUUCUGAAGACACUGCAGGGUGAGGCUCUGCCUUCCCUGAUAGAAACCAUGAUGGGCCACCUCCAGGAUGUCAUGCUGCGGUCAGACACACUCAGCCCUAGCAAAAAACACUGGGAGGUGGAUGGCAUCUUUGCUUUCUGUUACAAGGUGAUGUUUGAGUCAGGCUACCUGACUUUGUUUGGUAAAGAGCUUGGUGAAGAAAAGUGUCAGGCUCGCCAGGCUGCUCAGAAAGCCUUAGUGCUCAAUGCUUUGGAGAACUUCAAAGAGUUUGACAAGAUCUUCCCAGCAUUGGUAGCAGGCCUGCCCAUCCACGUCUUCAAGAGUGCCUACAGUGCCAGAGAGAAUCUAGCAAAGACCAUGCUUGCUGAAAAACUGUCCAAGAGGGAGAAUGUUUCUGAUCUAAUCUCCAUGAGGAUGAUCCUGAAUGAUUCCUUAUCUACCUUUAAUGACCUGAGCAAGGCCAGGACCCAUGUUGCUCUGCUCUGGGCUUCACAAGCUAACACCCUACCUGCUACCUUCUGGAGUCUCUUUUAUAUGAUCAGGAGUCCAGAUGCCAUGAAAGCAGCUCGUGAGGAAGUGCACAAAGUUUUGGAAGAUUCAGGUCUGACUGCUGACCCCAGCGACCCCACACUGAAACUCACCAGGGAGCAGCUGGACAACAUGCCUGUUCUAGACAGCAUCGUAAAAGAAGCCAUGCGUCUUUCCAGUGCCUCCAUGAAUGUGCGUGUUGCCAAGGAGGACUUCUUGCUUCACCUCGACAACCACGAAGCUUACCGUAUAAGAAAAGAUGAUGUUAUUGCCCUAUAUCCGCCUAUGCUGCACUAUGACCCAGAAAUCUACGAAGAUCCCUAUGAAUAUAAGUUUGACCGUUUUCUGGAUGAGCAGGGUCAGGAAAAAAACACUUUCCAGCGCAGUGGCCGGCGGUUGCGUUACUUCUACAUGCCCUUUGGCUCUGGGGUUACAAAAUGCCCUGGCAGAUUUUUUGCUGUGUAUGAGAUCAAGCAGUUUCUGACUCUGGUGCUAUCAUAUUUUGACAUGGAACUUUUGGACCCUGCUAUCAAAGUCCCUCCUCUUGAUCAGUCCCGUGCUGGUCUGGGAAUCCUUCAGCCUACCUAUGAUGUGGACUUCAGGUACAAGCUGAAAUCAAACUUCUAGGCUCUGUCUGUCAGGGGAGUACAGUGAUUGAAGUAUAGAUUGUACAUAGUGUAAAUUUAGAGAAUAUAUGUAAAUAGAUUGAAUUAUAUAUUUUGUUGCUUUAAUUUGCUUCUAAAGAACAUGUAUUCUAAACAUACUUUCAAUAUAACUAUUGGAAUUUUUAGUGUAUCCAGUAAUAUUGAGCCAAACACUUCCAGUCUCUGUUUGAUCUCAGAGUAAAGUUUUGAAGUGGUAGCAUCUUUAAUCCAUGAUAAACAGGCAAUAUAAAUUUAUUUUAUUCGGCAUGUGUAUGUUUUCAUGUUUUGCCUAUUCACUAAAAAUCUUGUAGAGUUACAUUACUGUUUUUAUUUUUAAUUUUCUCUACUUCUCUACUGGGAAGUUUUUGAUUUGUUACCCAUAUGUAGAUCUGCAUUUUACAAUAAAAGAAAAGUGUAAUACUGCUUCAAAGCCUACUCAACAUACCCACAUCUCCCUUUAUUUCUCAACAAAGAGUACUAAAGUAGCAAAAAUUUCUUGAGUGAACUACUGCAAUCAGAAUCUUUUAGUGAGUUCACUUUGUAGUAGUAGAUAGAGCUUCAAUUAACCUUGGACUUUCCUCUGUCUGGCUUUCUCUCUCCAACACUGCUAUAAUUUCAGAUGUGUCUGACUGUUGGCCAAUGCUGACCUUUAUACUGUAUGCCAGUGUACAUCUCCCCUUUCAGCGUCAUUAUUGCUGCUGCUUGACAUGCUGCUUAUCAAUGAGAUAAGUUGUAUUUUGUUUCAUGAUAUUUUCAUUUGCAUAAUAAAAAAAGUGAGGUCAGAACAUAAUUCUAAAUAUACACGUUUUACUUUUAUUCCUUGUCAAUCUGAAAUUUUUGCGCUGUAGGAAAGUGCAACCCACAUGCUUGUGUUGACUUGUGCAUGAUGUACAAAUGAAUAAUAAAUCGAUAUGUUUGUAGGCCUGUCCGUGCACAAUGUUCUCAUGUCUGCAUCUAUUAAACUCU